AUGGCUCUCGGACAGGUCCGUUAUUCUAUACCCGAGGAGAUGUCGGCAGGCUCGGUUGUCGGCAAUAUCAUUCAGGACCUAGGCUUGGAUGUUAAGCGGCUGAAAUCUGGGCGGGCUAGGAUAUUUACCGAGGACGGCAGUGAGUACAUUGGUCUGAAUGCAGAAAAAGGAACAUUGGUGGUGGCAAAAAGGAUAGAUAGAGAAGAAUUGUGCAAGCAAGUGUCUCCUUGCUCUCUUCAUUUCCAAAUCAUACUAGAAAAUCCAAUGGAGUUGCAUCGAAUUGAUGUAGAGAUUACAGAUAUUAAUGAUAAUGCUCCGUUUUUUUCCAAAAGGGAAUACAGUUUCCAGGUUAUUGAGUCUGCCUCACCAGGGGCUCGCUAUUCGCUUGAGAGUGCCCGAGAUCCCGAUGUAGCACAUAAUACCAUUCAAACAUACAAACUCAACCCUACGGAUAAUUUCAAAUUGAAUGUUGUUUCUCGCCCUGAUGGAACGAAGUAUAUUGAAAUGGUCCUUCACACGUCGCUUGACAGAGAAAAACAAGAAGAGCAUAAAUUAACUCUGACAGCAUUUGACGGUGGUAAUCCUCAGAAAUCUGGUUCUGUUAAAAUAAAUGUCAUUGUUUUGGAUGCAAAUGACAAUGCACCAGUAUUCAGUCAGUCUGUUUACAGAGUAACAGUUCCUGAAAACGCGGCUAGGGGCACUGUCAUUUUAAGAGUCAGUGCCACUGAUAAAGAUAAAGGAGCAAACGAAGAGGUGAUGUAUUCUUUCUCCCAGCACACCGACAGUGCAUCAUCCUUGUUCAACAUGGAUCCCCAUAACGGGGAAAUGACUGUAAUUGGUGUGUUAGAUUACGAAAAAGCGAAACAUUAUGAAAUUGAUAUCGAAGCUACAGACAAAGGAGGGCUGACAGACACAAGUAAAGUGCUAAUUGAGGUGACCGAUCUUAAUGAUAAUACUCCUGUCAUAAGCAUAAUAUCCCUCUCCAAUCCCAUACCAGAGGAUUCUGCUCCAGAUACUGUUGUAGCAAUGCUCAAUAUCAAAGACUUGGACUCAGGUAAAAAUGGCCAAGUGAAGUGUUUCAUUAGCCCAGAUUUACCUUUCAAAAUCAAAUCUUCAUCGACUAAUUUUUAUAGCCUGAUGUCUGACGAUGUUUUGGACCGUGAAACGGUGCCUGAAUAUAAUAUAACAAUAACAGCAAUCGACGAGGGCUCCCCGCCGUAUUCUGCAAACAAGACAAUUCAUUUAAAAAUAUCGGACGUAAACGACUACGCCCCAGUGUUCCCACAACCAUUUUUGACAACUUUCAUUACUGAAAAUAAUUCACCUGGCAUGUCACUCCUCUCUGUCAAAGCCAAUGACAAAGACUCUGGCAACAACGCGCGCAUUUCUUACUUUCUUGAAGAUAGCCAACUGAACGGGAUGUCAGCCUCCACUUAUUUUUACAUUAACUCAGAUAACGGCAGCAUCUACAGCAUGCACUCGUUUGACUAUGAGAAACUGAAGGUGUUUCAGAUUCAGGUUCAGGCAAAGGACCAGGGCUCUCCGUCUCUCAGCAGCAACGCCACCGUCCAUGUUUUUAUCCUGGACCAGAACGACAAUGCCCCCGCUGUUAUUUACCCCUCCUCCGCUGCCCUGGGCUCCCUCUCUCACCAGAGGAUGCCCCGCUCCGCUAAAGCGGGUCACCUGGUCACAAAGGUGACGGCCGUGGACGCUGACUCGGGCCAUAACGCCUGGAUCUCCUACAGACUGGCGGAGGCCACAGACGCCUCUCUGUUCACUGUCAAUCUGUACACAGGGGAGGUGAGGACUAAACGCGCUGCGUCCGAGCAGGACGACUCCUCUCAGAGGCUGCUUAUAGAGAUCAAGGACGACGGGGAACCGGUCCAGUCCUCCACCGUCACGGUGUCCAUCCUGCUGGAGGACGGCCUCCAUGAGCCCAUCUUAGACCUCCGACAGAAAGCGGCCGAGCCCAGCAAGAAAACUGGGAGAAUCACCCUUUAUCUGAUUCUCUCUCUGGCCUCGGUGUCCGUGCUGUCUCUGCUGACUUUUCUCAUCUUAGCGGUUAAAUGCAUCAGGAACAGCAGAAGCAGCGGUAGUUGCUGCACGAGACGGAGCGACUGUGAUGAUUACAAGAACCCCAACAGAAACCUGCAGAUACAACUCAAUACUGACGGACCUAUAAAGUACGUGGAGGUCCUGGGAGGAGACAUGUUGUCUCAGAGUCAGUCCUUCAGGUCCUGUAUGUCUCCGAUGUCAGAGUACAGUGAUUUCACUUUGAUUAAACCCAGCAGCACCACUGACUUUAAGGAGGUGAUCAGUGUCCUGGAUGCGUCUUUACCCGACAGCACCUGGACCUUUGAGAGCCAGCAGGUGAGCAGAAAACAAAAUGCAGAUUUUAAGAUUUUUAUCUAUCGUUUUGUUAAAGACUGUGUUUAGAAACAGUUAAAUGUGUUGAAAACAUUUGUCAAUAUAGUCUCACAUACAUUUCCAUAGCCAUUUCUGAAUAGUUUAGCACCGCGAUGGUGGAUAGCGACUCUUUGUGUAAUGCAGCGGUGCUUAAAGGCUUAUGAUCAAAGUAUGUGUGCGGGCGUGUG